AUGAUGAGGUCAUUCAACCAGGUUACAUCAGCCCCAGGCGGGGCUAGCAAAGGUGGUGGAGAAGAGCCUGGGAAGCUGCAGGAUCUGGCAGAAGAAGAAUCCCAGAUUUUGCGCGGAACUGGCCACUGUAAGUGGUUCAAUGUGCGAAUGGGAUUUGGAUUCAUCUCCAUGAUAAACCGAGAGGGAAGACCCUUGGAUAUUCCAGUCGAUGUAUUCGUACACCAAAGCAAAUUAUUCAUGGAAGGAUUUAGAAGCCUAAAGGAAGGAGAGCCAGUGGAAUUCACAUUUAAAAAAUCUUCCAAAGGCCUUGAAUCGAUACGGGUAACAGGACCUGGUGGGAGCCCUUGUGUCGGAAGUGAAAGAAGACCUAAAGGGAAGACACUACAGAAAAGAAAACCAAAGGGAGAUAGAUGCUACAACUGUGGUGGCCUUGAUCACCACGCUAAGGAAUGUAGUCUACCUCCUCAGCCAAAGAAGUGCCAUUACUGUCAGAGCAUCUCGCACAUGGUGGCAAACUGCCCACAUAAAACAGGUGCGCAGCCGCCUGCCACUUCUCAGGGAAGACAGGAAGCAGAAUCACAGGCGUGUACUUCAACUUACCCAAGGGAGGUCUUGGGGGGCCAUGGCUGUGCCACGUCAUCACCGUGUCCAGAGGCUAGAUCCGAGAUCACAGAGUGGCCGGGCAAGUUGCCUCAAGAAGCUUCCUUUGCAAAGUCAUCCGCAGCACCAGAAGAACAGAAUAAAAAGGGGCCUUCCGUUCAGAAGAGGAAAAAGACAUAACCCUUCUCAACCUACCGUUUUCUUUCCCCAGUUGGGAAGUCUACCUCAUGCAAGUACAGGGGAACAGUAUUUCAUAAACAGCAGCUGACCUGGGAUUUUAACUACUGUUGAGGAGCUGUGAAUUUUUUUUUUAAGACAAAUCACUCUAAGCAAAUUACACUUGAGCAGGGUGUCAUGUUUUAGGUUAUUCAGAGAGGAGGAUGCUA